GUGAAGAGUUACUAUGGCUCGUACUAAGCAGACCGCUCGCAAGUCCACCGGUGGCAAGGCCCCGCGCAAGCAACUGGCCACCAAGGCCGCUCGCAAGAGCGCUCCAGCCACCGGCGGCGUUAAGAAGCCCCACCGCUACCGUCCUGGCACCGUGGCUCUGCGUGAGAUCCGGCGCUACCAAAAGUCGACCGAGCUGCUGAUCCGCAAGCUGCCUUUCCAGCGCUUGGUACGUGAAAUCGCUCAGGACUUCAAGACCGACCUGCGUUUCCAGAGCUCGGCGGUCAUGGCCCUGCAGGAGGCCUGUGAGGCUUACCUUGUGGGUCUGUUUGAGGACACCAACCUAUGCAUUGUCUUAGUCAUGUCGGGCCGAGGCAAGGGCGGGAAGGGUCUGGGCAAAGGCGGCGCUAAGCGCCACCGCAAAGUUCUGCGCGACAAUAUCCAGGGCAUCACCAAGCCCGCCAUCCGCCGCCUGGCCCGGCGCGGAGGAGUGAAGCGCAUCUCCGGCCUCAUCUACGAGGAGACCCGCGGUGUGCUGAAGGUGUUCCUGGAGAACGUGAUCCGCGACGCCGUCACCUACACGGAGCACGCCAAGCGCAAGACCGUCACCGCCAUGGACGUAGUUUACGCGCUCAAGCGCCAGGGCCGUACUCUCUAUGGCUUCGGUGGCUAAGGUGCUCAGAAGCAAACAUCCCUAAAGGUCCUUUUCAGGGCCACUACA